CAAAGAGCAAAGCAAAUCGGAGUAACAGAGAGAGAGAGAGAGAGAGAUUGGAAUCUGAAACCGAAACAUCGAGAUUUACGUUUCUCCGUUGGCGUCACGCCGAAGCUUCCAAUUCUUUUUUUCGCCCAGAAAGCCCAACGUUUUUAGCUUAACAUCUCUCUCUAAAUCUCUACACACACUCACUCUCUCUCUCUUCUGACUGUUUUAAUCACUUGUGGGUGGUCACUGAAUCUGCAUCAAUGGCGAUUCCAGAUUCCUCACUCUUUUCUGCUCUUUUUGCCUUUCGCUCAAGCUUCUUCUUCACGAAAUGCCGUUGUUAAAAAAGUGAUUUCUCCACUUUCCAAUCCCCAUCCUCUUUCCUUUGCAUUUUAUUCCACUCUUUCACUCGUCUUCUUCUUCUACCAUCAGCUUCUUCUUCCAAUGCCCUUCACCAUUCUCGUCUGAACUCACCUCAAAGUUGCACUUGCUGGUGAAUGAGAAAGCUUUAAUGUCAGUGAGCCUGAGAGUAUAACAAAAGACUGAUGAUGAAGAUUGUUGCCGCGUUCCUUUUCCUUUUGGUCUCGCCUUUUGCUUCCCGUUGUUUCGCUGCAGACAUAGAGUCAGACAAGCAAGCACUGCUCGAGUUUGCAUCUCUUGUUCCUCACAGUCGCAAACUCAACUGGAACUCCUCAAUUCCUAUCUGUAAUUCUUGGACCGGCAUCACCUGCUCCAAGAACAACGCCCGUGUAACCGCACUCCGUUUGCCUGGAUCUGGACUUUAUGGACCUUUACCUGAAAAAACAUUUGAGAAGCUUGAUGCCCUCAGGAUCAUUAGCCUCAGAUCCAACUAUCUUCAAGGGAACAUUCCACCUGUCAUUCUUUCUCUUCCAUUUAUCCGUUCACUCUACUUUCACGACAACAACUUCUCUGGUACUAUCCCUCCCGCUUUUGCUCAUCGCCUUGUUAAUCUUGAUCUCUCCGCCAACUCGCUAACGGGAAAGAUUCCGGCAAGUUUACAAAACCUUACCCAGCUCACUGAUCUCAGCCUCCAAAACAAUUCUCUUAGUGGGCCAAUUCCUAACCUACCGCCUCGCCUGAAAUACUUGAACUUGAGCUUCAAUAACCUUAACGGGUCAGUUCCAUCUUCUAUCAAGUCCUUCCCUGCGUCAUCAUUUCAAGGUAAUAGCCUUCUAUGUGGUGCUCCUCUAACUCCAUGCCCAGAGAACACCACUGCACCAUCUCCUUCCCCGACUCCACCAACAACAGGCCCUGAUACAAACAAAAAAGUUCUUUCCACUGGAGCUAUUGUGGGCAUUGCAGUUGGAGGUUCAGUUCUUUUGUUUAUCCUUCUUGCCAUCAUAACCCUUUGCUGUUCCAAGAAAAGAGAUGGUGGGCAAGACAGCACUGCUGUGCCAAAAGCUAAACCCGGGAGGAGUGACAACAAGGCUGAGGAGUUUGGGAGUGGGGUGCAAGAGGCGGAGAAGAACAAGCUGGUCUUCUUUGAAGGAAGUUCAUAUAACUUCGAUCUUGAGGAUUUGCUCAGAGCCUCAGCUGAAGUUUUAGGGAAAGGAAGCUAUGGCACAACAUAUAAGGCCAUCUUAGAGGAAGGAACCACGGUUGUGGUGAAGAGGCUGAAAGAAGUAGCAGCUGGGAAACGGGAGUUUGAGCAGCAGAUGGAAGCCGUGGGAAGGAUCAGUCCACAUGUGAAUGUAGCUCCUCUCCGCGCUUAUUACUUCUCAAAAGACGAGAAAUUACUCGUGUAUGAUUACUACCAAGGGGGCAACUUCUCCAUGCUGCUUCAUGGAAACAACGAGGGAGGAAGAGCGGCACUGGACUGGGAAACAAGGUUAAGGAUAUGUUUGGGAGCUGCAAGAGGAAUAUCUCACAUCCAUUCUGCAGCUGGUGCUAAACUCCUACAUGGAAACAUCAAAUCACCAAACGUCCUCUUAACACAAGACCUUCAUGUAUGUGUCUCUGAUUUCGGUAUAGCACCAUUGAUGAGCCACCACACCUUGAUCCCAUCAAGAAGCUUAGGUUACAGAGCACCAGAGACCAUAGAAACCAGGAAACAUACCCAGAAAUCGGACGUGUACAGCUUUGGUGUACUGUUGCUAGAAAUGCUGACAGGGAAAGCAGCAGGGAAGACGACGGGGCAUGAGGAAGUGGUGGAUCUGCCCAAGUGGGUGCAGUCAGUGGUGAGAGAGGAGUGGACUGGAGAAGUGUUUGACGUAGAGCUCAUCAAGCAGCAACACAACGUGGAGGAAGAGAUGGUGCAGAUGUUGCAGAUAGCAAUGGCUUGUGUGUCAAAGCAUCCAGAUACUAGGCCUUCGAUGGAGGAAGUGGUUAACAUGAUGGAGGAGAUUCGACCUUCAGGUUCAGGUCCUGGUUCUGGUAACAGAGCCUCCUCGCCCGAAAUGAUUAGAAGCUCUGAUAGCCCGGUUUAGAUUGGUUUUUUUUUUCCUUUCUUCUGAAAUCAUUAUUUAUUUUGCUUUUUCUUCCUCUUCUUCUUCUUCUUCUUCUUCUUCUUCUUCUUCUUCUUCUUCUUCAUAAUAAACCGUUUGCUAGUUCUAUCAUGUCUGACUGCAUAAUUUUUUCCAAACAUUUAUGUGGAAAAGUAGUGUAAUUGAAACCCUCACCAUGAAUGCUUUGUAGUUGGUUAGAUAUAUCUAGUCUUUAACUUAAGAGU